GGCUGCUUCUUGCGAUCCCAAGGUGACAGCGCCGCCUCGAGCUCUAGCUCCCCCAUUGCUUCCCGAGAAGCAGACCUUGUUCUCCAGGUGGUGAUGUGACCAUUUCGUCAAAAUCUCGGAAUUUUUUGAGGUUUCGGUGACCUGGGUUUCGCCUUGGGACGCUGAUGAUCUGGGGGUAAGCGAGCUCGAUGAGGGCGCUUUGGUGAGCUGGGGUUCUUGGGGGUGGUCAGCGCAGGGUGGAGAUGGAAGGGAGGAUGCAGGGGAAGGCGCCGCUGUCGGAUUCCAACCGGCGAAUCAUGGAUGCCGACGCGCCGCCGCGGCGGGUGUACCAGACGUGGAAAGGGAGCAAUGUAUUUUUCUUUGGAGGGAGACUUAUUUUUGGGCCUGAUGUGCGGUCGCUCAUACUCACUGUGUGCUUAAUUGUGAUCCCAGUGAUCCUUUUUUCUGCUGUUGUUUGUGAGCAGCUCGCGCAUGAGUACCACAACCAAAUUGGAGGUUGGGUUGCAUCUGCAGCUAUCAUCUUUACAGCAUAUAUUGUUGUCCUCCUGCUUGUUACAUCUGGUCGAGAUCCUGGAAUUGUUCCUCGAAAUGCUCAUCCACCAGAACCUGAAGAUGUUGGCGAAUCCUCUAACUUAUCAGAGUGGCCAGGUGGUCAACAUGGUUCGGCAGGUUUACCUCUAACCAAAGAUGUUCUUGUCAAUGGUGUUUUAGUCAAGGUCAAAUAUUGCCAUACAUGUAUGUUGUAUCGCCCCCCAAGAUGCUCCCAUUGCUCAAUCUGCAACAACUGUGUUGAACGUUUUGAUCACCAUUGUCCUUGGGUAGGCCAAUGCAUUGGAAAGAGAAACUACCGUUUCUUCUUUAUGUUUGUGUCUUCAACAACUGUCCUAUGCAUAUAUGUGUUUGCGUUCUGCUGGGUUGACCUCAGGAAAAUAAUGGACACACAUGGCUGCAAAUUUGGGAGAGCUAUUAUGAGAUCUCCUAUCGCUGGCAUUCUCGUCUUAUACACAUUCAUCGCUAUGUGGUUCGUUGGAGGGUUAACCUCAUUCCACCUCUAUUUGAUUUGUACCAAUCAGACAACUUAUGAGAACUUCCGAUAUCGCUACGAUAGGAAAACGAAUCCUCACAACCGUGGAUUGCUCCAGAAUUUCAUUGAGAUCCUGUGUUCAAGAAUCCCCAGAUCCAAAAACAACUUCAGGGCUAAAGCAAAGGAAGAUUCUGCAGCCUUCACCUCAUCACUUGGUAUGGGGCGGGCUCUAAGUCCGCCAAAGAGGAGUGUGGACCUUGAGAUGGGAAUGAAAAGGCAAACUGUAGCUAUGGAGGAACUAGAAGACUUACACAGCCAAAUUGGCAGUGCUAUGGGCCUGGAGCGAUGCGGCACUGAACCCCCACAUAUUGUUGGUCGAAAGGGCUGCUCUGAAAUCACAAGUGACAUAGAGGCAUUUGCCGAAGAGUUUGGCAUGGAACAAAGGUUCACUGAGAGGAAAAAGAUUGAGAGACAUGAUAAUCCAUAGGACAAUCCUCCCAAUCCUUCUAUAACCUUUGGUGAACCUCAACUAGUCUAAAAGCGGCAAAGUUUGGAAGGCGGCAAGAAAAGUAGGACAUAUGUUAGAUGAUAUAUUAGCUUUCUCGGCUGAAAUUUCCAGCCAAUUUUUCAGUGAUGAGCAACAGGUGUUGUUUGUAUAUUAAGUGGUUAAUGCUUAACAAUACAUACAUGAGAUGAA